UUAUCAUCGUGAACGAAGGGACGCCUCUGCCGUUGGCUGGACUUCAAGCACGUUUAUGUAGUGUCCUUGUCAUGGAGUCUGGAGAAGAUAAUAAAAGGCGUCUGACACCCUCUUGACAAGUUUUACUUCUUUCAUAUUUCCCAAGAACACAAUACAACAAGAACGAACUCCUUCCAUUUAGCAGUUCCAGUACACGUUUCCACUUUUGCAUAUCCACUUCGUCUCCAUACAUACAAACAUCAUCUGUUUGCCACCAGCGAGAAUUUUAUUUCAAGAUGCCUGCUGCUAUCACUCCUCCCGCGGUCCCUAUGGCCAAAGAUCUUACUGUUCCAAGAACGAGCAUGAUGCAGACUCAGAAUAAAGAGAUGUUGAAUACCAAGCGGAAGAUCAUCUGUUUCUCAGAUUUUGACGGCACGAUCUUCAUGCAAGACACCGGCCACAUUCUCUUCGAUGCCCACGGCUGCGGCUCCAAACGCCGCGAAGUCCUCGACGAGCAAAUCAAAACCGGCGAGCGCUCGUUCCGCGAAGUCUCAGAAGAAAUGUGGGGAUCCCUCAACGUCCCCUUCGAAGACGGUUUCGAAGUCAUGGAGCAAACACUCGAAAUCGACCCCGACUUCCAGGAAUUCCACAAAUUCUGCAUCGCGAACAAGAUCCCAUUUAACGUUAUCAGCGCUGGUCUCAAGCCAAUCUUGAGGAAGGUGCUGGAUACGUUUUUGGGCGAGGAGGAGGCGAGUCAUAUUGAUAUCGUGGCGAACGAUGCGGAGAUCAAGGAGGAUGGAAGUCAAUGGAAGCCAGUCUGGCGCCAUGACACGGAGCUGGGACACGACAAGGCGCUUUCGAUCACGGAAGCGAGAGCCGCUGCUCACCUUGAGUGCGAGGAUGGCACGAUUCCGCUGAUUGUGUUCAUCGGUGAUGGCGUCUCUGAUCUUCCUGCUGCGCGACAGGCGGAUGUCCUGUUUGCGAGGAGGGGAUUGAGGCUCGAGGAGUAUUGUGUCGAGAAUAAGAUCCCGUAUAUUGCGUUUGAUACUUUUGCCGAUAUUCAGAGGGAGGUAAGCAAGAUUAUGGUGGAGGAUGAGAAGAAGACGGCUGGGAAGGGUAUGCCCGCCAGGUACAAUCCCAGAGCCAAUCUGUGGAGAAGGGUUUCCAGUCAGAACGCUGUUCCGAUGUAUGUCGCUGCCACGCCAUCAAAAGAGGAGAAGAUGUUCUUGUGGCCCAACGCUUUCUCGGAUUAUCAACCCAAGCAGAAGAUCACGGAAGGUGUUGCUGCUUAGACUUAAUUUUUACUUCCGAAUUGUCUUUUAUACCAACCUUUUUUCUUUAGUCACUACUUGUUAGGUUGGCAUUGCGGAGGCGUU